AUGGGUAAUCCAAAUUUUGAACAUAAGAAACGAUUAAUGCCAAAAUCGGCACUUUUGGUUAGAAAAUACCAAAAGGGAAUCAGGGCUUCCUUUAUUGGGUUUGUAAUAAUGUUAACUUUAGUUUUUAUAUUACAUACUCCAUCACCAACUCAUAACCAAGUAACUAAUAACAACAACAACAACAACAAUAUACCGUUGAAUCAAAAUUCUUUUGGUUCGAAUGCUAUAAAUGCUGCUAGAUUAUCUGAGGACUAUUUAAUACCUUUUACUGACAAAUCUCAAGGUGUUACCCAACCUCUUGAUGAUGGUAUUAAGGUUAGAGCCGCAAUGGUAACGCUAGCAAGAAACUCAGAUCUUUGGGAACUUGUAAAGACUAUCAGACAUGUGGAAGAUCGUUUCAAUAACAGAUAUCAUUAUGAUUGGGUAUUCUUUAACGAUGAACCAUUCUCUGAUGAAUUUAAGAAAGUAACAAGUGCUUUAAUUUCAGGGAAAGUGAAAUAUGGUGUAAUUCCUAAAGAACAUUGGUCGAUUCCGUCAUUUAUCGAUUUGAAGAAGUUUGAAAAGGCUAAAAAAGAAUUUGCAGAGCUUAACGUACCUUAUGGUACUUCAACUCCAUACAGACAUAUGUGUCGUUAUCAAUCUGGGUUUUUCUGGCAAAGUGAAUUAUUAGACGAAUACGAAUACUAUUGGAGAGUAGACACAGAUAUUACCAUUUUCUGUGACAUUCAAUAUGAUCUUUUUAAGUUCAUGAAAGUUAACAAUAAAAAAUAUGGGUUUAUAUUAUCUGUCAGUGAGUAUGAACAAACAAUUCGUUCCUUAUGGAGAACUGUCAAACAAUUUGCAGAAAAAUUCCCUAAAUAUAUCGCUAAAGAUAAUUUAAUGGGAUUUGUUUCAGAUGAUGAUGGUGAAACGUAUAAUAUGUGCCAUUUCUGGAGUAAUUUUGAAAUCGUCUCUCUUGAUUUCUACAGAUCUGAAGCUUACAGAAAAUAUUUUGAAUAUCUUGAUAAUAGUGGUGGAUUUUUCUAUGAAAGAUGGGGUGAUGCACCAGUUCAUUCUAUUGCUGCUGCAUUAUUAUUAGAUAAAUCAGAACUUCAUUUCUUUGAUGGUUUAGGAUUCCAUCAUCCAGAUUUUUACUCUUGUCCUAUCGAGGAACCUAUUAGAUUACAGAAUAAAUGCACGUGUGAUCCUGAGACAGAUAAUACAUGGUUAGAUUAUUACUUCUGUACAAGACAAUAUUUUAAUGCUGCUGGUUACAAGACGCCACCUGGUAUUGACAAGAAGAAAUGA